AUGAACAAAAACUCAGGAUUACAGAUUAAGCAGUUAAUUUCACUCUCUGAGGAGGAACUUACUGUUAAGAUUGAUGAACUUAAGAAGGAAUUAGCAAGCUUGAGAGUUAUUCAAUCCACUGGUACUGCUCCAAACAAGCUUUCUAGAAUUAAUGUUGUCAGAAAGGCAAUUGCUCGCAUCUUGACAAUUUUGUCUCAAAGAAACAUCAAGAACUUAAGAGAGAAAUACGCAGGUUCUAAAUUUAUGCCUUUGGACUUACGCAAGAAGUUGACUAGAGCUAAAAGAAGAGCUCUGACACCACAACAAGCCAAGAAGAUGACUGUUAAGGCCAGCAAGAAGGCUUUGAAUUUCCCAAAGAGAAAGUUUGCUAUCAUUGCAUGA